UGGGGAGCCGACAGGGACGCAGCAAGUGGCUGGGGCACCCCACAGCUUGCCAGCACCAACCCCCGGAGCAGAAGCCAUGGCAGGGGAUGGGGAGCUCAACCGCAUCAUCAAGGACUUGCACAAAACCAUCACUGAGCUGAACCGGUGCUACCGGGAGCAGAACCUGCCUGUGACGGACGGGAGCCGGGAGCUGCACAGCCUCUGCGCCCAGCUGGAGUUCCUCCUCCAGUUCGACCUCAAGGAGAAGAGGAACUUCUUUGGGCAGCGGAAAGACUAUUGGGACUUCCUGUGCCAGGGCCUGGCGCGGCGCCGGCACGAACACGAGGGCGUUCGCUUUGUGACCUCGCUGGACAAGCUGAAGACCCCCGUGGGCCGAGCCCGGGCCUUUCUGCGCUACUGCCUGGUGCACCGGCAGCUGGCCGAGUCACUGCAGCUCUGCCUCCUCGACCCACAGAGCCUCAGUGAGUGGUACUACGCCCGCAGCCCCUUCCUGAGCCCCCGGCGCCGGGCCGAGAUCCUGGGCAGCCUGUACGAGCUGGACGGCAUCACCUUCCACCUGGCACUGCGCCGGGCGGACCUGGACACCGCCUGGCCCAUGUUCUCCGAGAUGCCACUGCGGCCCCAGACCGCUGGCAGUCCGGAGGAGAAGGCCCCACAGGACAGCGACGCUGGCAGCUCCCCACCGGGGCGGGCGGGCGAGGCACCGCAGGCCGAGGGAGCCGGGGAGGCCGGCACGCCACCACGGGAGCGCCUCAGGGAGCUGCGGCGGGCCAACGCCGCCCUGCAGGCUCUGGCGGAGCGGCUGAGGGCAGAGGUGGUGGUGCUGGAGGGGCGGCUGGCGCGGGAGGAGCGGCGGCACCGGGAGCAGGAGGAGGGCAGCGCCCAGCAGGCCGAGCUGCAGGCCCGGGAGGCCGAGGCGCUGCGGGAGACCAAUGCCUUCCUCAGCGGGACGCUGGUGCGGCUGCACGCCAGGGCCACCGAGCUGCGGCGCCGGGCCCAGCAGGCGGAGGAGGCCGCCGCUGCCCUGCAGCAGGCCCGGGAGGAGCAGGAGCGGCGCCGCGAGGAGCUGGAUGGCCUCUGCCGUGCGCAGGCCGCGGCCCUGGAGGCGGCCGAGGGGCGGCUGCGGGCGCUGGAGGCCGGGUGGCCACCGCAGCCCUUGGAGGCCGAGGGCUGUGAGCCACGGGAGCGGGCAGCAGAGAGCAAGGCCGGCGGAGCGGCGGCGGCAGGGGCAGCAGCGGCUGCCCUGGAGGAGACCCAGUGGGCGCUGGCACUGGCAGCGGAGGAGGCGCGGGGCUGGCGGGACGUGGCGGAGGCGCGGGCCGCCCGCCUGGCAGAGGCGCAGGCGGAGCAGGCGGCCCUGGCCUCGCGCCUGGAGGCCUGCGAGGCAGCGGCGGCCGGGCAGCGGGAGGAAUGGGGGCAGCUGCGGGCGGCCCUGCGGGCAGCGGACGAGGAGCGCCAGGCCCUGGAGCAGCGGGCCAGCGCCGUGGCUGAGGAUGGCACCCGGCGGCUGGCGGCGGCCCAGGAGGAGGCGGCCGCGCUGGAGGAGGCGCUGAGGCGGGCGCUGGAGCGGGCCCGGGAGCCCCGAGGAGAGGAGCCGGCGGAGGCCAGGGCAGAGCCGGGCGCCAGCACAGCUGCUGACAUGGUGACGCGCCUGGCUGCCCUGGCCACUGCAGCCCAGGACGAGGCCCGCCAGGGUCGGCAGCAGCUCCAAGCCCAGUGGCAGAAGGUGGUGCAGCUGGAGGAGCAGCUGGGCAGGGCACGGCAAGAUGGGGAGCGCUGGGCAUCGGCCCUGCAGCGGGCGCAGCGGGAGGCCAUGGAGCGGGAGGCCACACGUGGCGAGGAGCAGGCCCGGCAGCAGGAGCUCAUCCGUGACAUGAAGGGGCGGCUGCUGGAGCUGCUGCGGGAGAAGGAUGCACUGUGGCAGAAGACAGAGGGCAUCGACCCGCAGAUGCCCAGCGCGGUGCCUCGCGACGUGGGGCUGUGUGCCCGCUGCCACAAGGACUUCCGCCUCCUCUCCCGGCGCUACAGCUGCAGGUUAUGCCAGGGCAAGGUGUGCCACGCAUGCUCCGUGGACGUGGGCAAGCAGGGUCGUUGCUGCCUGCUUUGCUAUCAACAAAGGCACCAGCAGGCCACAUGAGUCAGGACCGGGUCCGUCGUGCCAUGCCUGGGAGACCCACUCCAGCCACAGCCCACCCUGACUGCCUCUUCAUGGACUCACAUGAGCCAGGGACCCAGGCGUCCAGGGCCUGCUGCGCAGGUUCUUCCUCUCAGAGUUUAGGGUUUUGGACAUGUCUUUCAUGUGGCUGGUCCACGGAGAGGAAAACA